AGGUGGCUGACGGGAGAUGUAGUAACCGCCGCUCUCCCCCGCGGUCAGCGCCCGGUGGCCAAGCGCGCUCUGCUCAGUCCGGCGGCGAGACGAUGGCAGCGGGUGGCUCUUUGCGGAGCCUCAUCAGCCCUUUGCUUCAGCGGCUUCGCUGCGACAGAAGCUCACUCUUUGCCUUCAGCACGGCUGCACAGCAGAGGAGCACAGGAGAUGACUGUGGUCCAGAAGAUCCCCACGAUGAACCUAGACAUCUCCUAGAUGAGAACACUGCAGAGCACAAAAACAUCAAAUUGAAAGAACAAGUUCGUGACUUAACAGAACGAUACCAGAGAGCGCUGACAGAUUCUGAAAAUGUCAGACGGAGGACACAGAAGUUUGUAGAAGAUGCUAAACUGUUUGGGAUCCAGAGUUUUUGUAGAGAUCUGGUAGAGGUAGCAGAUAUCUUGGAGAAGACCACUGGGAGCGCUGUAGAAGGCGAACACAGUGACCCAGCUUCAGCUCUGAAGAAGAUCCAUGAAGGCCUGUCUCUUGUAGAGUCCAAGCUGCAAAGCAUAUUCACUAAACAUGGCCUGCAAAAAAUGAACCCCGUUGGUGGCAAAUAUGACCCCUAUGAUCAUGAAAUAGUGUGUCAUGUGCCAGCAGAGGGAAUGAAGCCAGGCACUGUAGCACUGGUGACUUUGGAUGGCUAUAAACUCCAUGGCCGCACUAUCAGACAUGCACAUGUCGGUGUGGCAGUAGAAUCGCAGGAAUGAGGCGGGCAUGCCCAUUAGAACGCAACACUGUAAUGAACUGAAUUCUCUGUCCAUAUGACUAUUGCUGCUAUGGCAUGUCUUUAUUUAUUAAGUCAUAUUUGUGUUAUUUUUUGGCUUCUCAGGAUGGGUCCAGUUGCCUGACCUUGACUACCAUGAUGUACAGUUAUUUAAUGGUGUUUUUUAUGUAUUAUAAAUCUCUUACAGCUGUUACUCAGAAUUAAGUAGUUUGGUGAUCUUUACUGUUUAUUUUAUUUAUUCAUUUGGAACAUUUCCAGGCUGCCUUCCUUUUGUAGAAUGCCCAGGGAAGUUACAAAUAAAUACAUAAAAUACAGUCACCUAUUAAACAACAAAACAGUUUAAGGUCUUCAUUGUAUUUUGCAUUGGGUUGAAAGGGAAGAUGGAAUUCUAGAAUUCCAGUAAGUGAUUUUUAAGCUUAGAAUUGCUGUGUUUAAACGAGUUCUGCUUUCCCUGAAAUUGCUUUAACUUCUGCUUUCCUGCAUGUAAAUUGGGAAUAGGAUACCCAUCUACCUCACAGAAAUGCUAUGACUUAACACUUGCAAAGAGUUUUGAAGAAUCAAAUACAUGUGCUGUGUACUAUGAUGGGAUUUAUGCACCGUGCAGAGGACUUGGUCUACAUUUUAAAAAUCCCUUGAGUGAUUGGAGACUUUUCUGUCUCUACCUGGUUGUUCCAACCUAUGAAAUGUUUGGAUAUAGAGAAGUUCAUUACUUGUAUAACUAAAAGUUUGAAGGGCCAGAUUGUGGGAGUGGGAGGUUCGAGUGUUUUUAGUUUAGUCCCUUGGAUCUGCACAAAAGGAUCUUCAGUUGUUUUGCUGAGAUGUCGGCCAUUACCUGCCAAAGCAGAUCAUACUGAGCUGGUUGGGCCAAUGGUUUCACUCUGUAUUACGAAACUUCCUGUGCAUCUACUGGAGAUUCAAGCCAAACAUUCUUCUUCAGGAAAUGGUUUAUUACAGUUCUCAAGUACAAUUUAACUUGGCAGUGAUGGAAGAAAAUGAGGACCCCUUACCUGCAAAUCAGAAGUCUUCUUUAUUAUUUGAGCCCUCGAGUAAUUAAUAUGCAAAAAUCUCAGUCUUUAUUGAGGCUACUUGAUUAGGCAGAACAUCUGUACUUUUAAUUAGUGUUCUUCAAUGAUAAAAGUAUCUGAAUAAAUAAUUUGAAGUGUCCUUGAACUAAUUUUAGUAAAGUGGAGGGAAAAUGUUAGACUUGGUUUUUGAGCGUCAGCAGAGACUGGAUGCUAACUUCAUAUAGCAGCCCCUGGUUGAGGCCAGACUUGUUCAAUUUGACAAUAAGAUAGCUGGCUAGUAAAUUUUCUUCUUUGAUCAGUUUUUAUGUCAUGGAGAAGCAAAACAUGAUGGAUUUCAACAUGGUGGAUUCAAUAGACACUUAGGUGCCCUGUAGUGUAGCUCUGAAAGAAAUUCUGUGUUUGAGAUGCUGAAGGAGACCCAGCCCAAUCUUUCCUGAAUCCUUUGUAUAACUACAGCUAAGUGACUCUUAGUGGGGAGAGCUUCAUAGCAAAUGAAUGUCCAUCAAAGUUCUUUUGCUUUACCUAAAUCUGCUUAGAGUUUCUGAUGAAGAUUCCAGUCACUUUGUUGGCUUCCAAACGAUACUUGUGUUAAGUUAGCAUAUGCUGUUUCAGGGACAUCUUUGUAGACUAUUUGAAACUACAAAAAUGAAAGAUCCAGGCUCACUGGUAUUUCUUUUCAACCAUUUUACCCUAUUACAGACACAGUGGUAUUUAAUACACUGUGUUGUGGGGAAGUAGUGGAACUUCAUAUUAGUGUUUUUAUUCGUUAAUUCUCAUGCAUGCAAACAAACUGAAUUCAUGCCCAAGGAAUGUCUGCAUUAUCAAAAUGGAAAUAACAGUUUGGUGUUGAUGGCUUGGAUCCCACAGAGGAUUUCCAUCUGCAGAGCAUAACUUCUUGGCCUCCUGUUGUAGCCCAAAAUGCCCUCCCCAAUGGUGCUUCUCGGAGAUAUGGUCUGUCUCACACACACACACAGAAUAGCAUGAAGGGGGGGUCAGGGGUCUGUACUGGGAGGGGGAAAUUGAUGAUGAAAAUUGCCCUUCUUUCCAUCUGUGGAAAUCCUCCACUGGAUCCAACCCUAUGCGAAUUAUCUUCAUAGCAACAAUAGAGAUUCUGUUUGAACACUUCUGGUCUGUAAUUAAAAUAUAUUUGAUAUGGAUUGUUUCGUGAUUUUUUUUAUUGAACACAGGCUGUAUAAACAAUUAGUCUUCCAGAGUUCCUUCAUUUGAGAAGGCAGCCACUUGUGUGUACAGAACCUGUUUGUAUAAGUAUUGUUACAUUUAACUCAACAAAGUUCUUACGUUGUGACAGGGCGGCCAGGUGGUUUAGAGCAUAGCAGUGUCAUCAAAGCACUGUGUAUUAUGUUCUUCCAAAUAAAGCAUAUCU